AUGGCUUCCAACCCCCCUGGCAAAUGCUGCUUCAAAGGAGUGAAACACGAGGGCUCUUCAAGCGGCAAGAUCAUCAAAAUUGGCGAGAUAGAGGCUUAUGUUCAGUACCCCGACAACUCAUCCACAGAACGCGGAAUUCUUCUGCUGACCGACGUUUUUGGCCACCGCUUCAUCAACUCCCAGUUGAUCGUCGACCAGCUAGCAGCCAACGGGUAUUUCGUGGUUAUGCCCGACCUUUUCGCGGGCGAUUCUGUUGCACUUGACGAAGCGGAUACCGUUGAUUUCUCUAAAUGGAUGACCGGCGGUUACUCGGACAACAAAAGAGCUCACUUGCCAGCCGCGAUAGACCCAAUAGUCGAAACUUGCAUACAUGAAAUGCGGACAAAUUAUCACGUCAAGAAUCUGGGUGCAAUUGGAUACUGCUUCGGAUCCAAAUACGCGAUCCGUUUCCUCAAAGCGGCCGAGACUCGAGUUGACGCUGCGUUUAUCGCCCACCCUAGUUUCAUCGACAGCAACGAGCUCGAGGAUAUUGCAGGCCCGCUUGCCAUUGCGGCCGCGGAAAAAGACGAGAUUUUCCCGUACUCGAAGCGGCGCGAGUCCGAAAAGAUCCUUGAGCGGGUGGGUAUGCCUUAUGAGAUUACCGUCUAUGGCGGGGUUGAACACGGGUUCGCUGUUCGGGGAGCGGUCGAUGAUCGUAAGGUGCUGUUUGCGAAGGAGGGCGCAUUUAACCAGGCUGUGCGGUGGUUUGGAGAGUAUCUUGGAUAA